CCGUGGCUAUCCCGCUGAGGUCCAAGAGGUUUGGAACUCCAAUCGAGGUGGAGGACGCAUGCAACCCUAAUUUGGGAAACCAGACGUUCGCUGACGACCCAAAUGACUGUGGCUCUUUCUACAUCUGCAAGCACGGCUGGCCCGUGUCCAUGAGAUGCCCCGGUGAUAGCAUCUGGACGCCGGAAACCGAACGCUGCGAGGUUCCGCACAACGCGACGAACGAAGCGUGCGGCUUCGUGGCUCCGACGACGGAAUCACCCGACCUCGGAAACCUCGAGGGUUACCCCGGCCCCUGCUCGUACGAGUGCGACGACGGAGGAUGCGUGGGAUUGAACCAGGUGUGUGAUGGCGUAGCGAACUGUGAGGACGGAACUGACGAGCCAGAGGAAUAUAUAUAUUAA